AUGGUAUCCUUGGAAGAUGUACUAAAUCGCUGGUUUACUAAGGACUAUUCAUCGCUUGACAACUCAAUUGAUGAGCUAGUGUCCAAACUAGAGAAGAAACCCCUGGAACAGCUAACAGCGAUUACAAUUCGCAUAUUUAACAAUCUAAGGAAAGGCGAUUUCAAACAAAUAACAUUAGAUUUCAACAUAAUUGGGUCACCAGAUGACCCUAAGUGGCUUUAUGAAACCUAUCCCAAUAAGUACAAGCAUAGUUCAGGUGACUGUAUGGCAAGCUUUGGGUUGAGAGCAAUUUACGCCUAUUUUCCACACCUAAUCGGUUCGACAUAUACGGCAAUUGAUAGGCUCCAUUCCCUCUUAAGAUCUUGCAUAAAUCAGUUCAAUUUGGGAAAUGAUGAAAAUAUUGAAAGAAGAAUUUUGUUAAUUGGGUUGAUACUGAGUGAUUGUUUGAGCCAGUGCUAUAGGCCGGAGGAUGGCAUAAGGGUUCUUAACAGUAUAAUGUCCCAUGUGCCCAAGACAUGGACUAAACAAAUACAAAAUAAGAUUAGCCACUCAUAUACUGCGUUGGGUGGUUCAAAAUUAGAAAGCAAAUCGCAAUGUGAUUAUAACAAGGCAAUAUGUAUGAUAUUGCAGGGGAAACACGAUGAUUCGAUUGAUUUUGCUCAAGGAACAUGUCUGAGCACUAAUGUUGAUACGUUUGUUAGAAAAAAUUUGAGUGUAUUUCAGUUGAUAUUCGCCAAAAAUGAGAUGAGAGAUGUGUUUGAACUUGACGAGUGGUUCACUAACUUAUGA